AUGGACUCCUUGGACCAAGUUCUACUAUCCUACGUGCAGUCACUGCAUGUCCAACCACUUACGCCUUCUCGAAAAGUCAACCUCCCGAAACAUGAUGUGAAAUCACUUGAAUUUUCGUGUUUAACGGCCCUUGACGAGUUAUUGCCAAACAUUGAUAUUCAGCAUGUGCAAUCGGUGCAUAUUAAAUUACAGUUUCUAUACUCCAUAUAUGCAAAGAAUUACACCCAGUGGCUAGAUGUGGUCAAGAAACAUCAGUUGUUGAUUGUGCAAUUAUUUGAAAAGAAGCAGUAUGACGCGAUCUAUGAUCAAUUGGAAAACGCCUACCAACAGAUAUCCACCCGUUUGAACGUUAGCAAAGGAGUGAUUAAAUUAUCAGAAGUAGUAGAUGGCAUACCUACUGUUGAUUGUGAUCCUCAAUUAACCCAAAUAAUUAUUGCAUAUCAUUUUUUCACCCUCCAAUGGCUAGCACAGAGUCUAGCAAAGAACAAGUUGACAAAGGUUCAAAGGAUGGAGGUGAUAUCACGGUUGCCGAACUUAUUCCUCACUACUAGUAAUCAAAGACGUUGGAUAAAUAGAGCACCUUUUAAUGCAAAGUAUGAGAAGAAUUGCAUUAAAUUGAUACAGGCAUUCGUUAAAGUAUUGGAGAAACAAAAGGAGGUGUAUGCAUUGGAAAUUACGUGCUUAAGGAUCAAAUUGAUGGAAUUUACGAAAGAAUAUGGUACAGACGAUAUAGACAUGAUUCCCGGAGUUGAACCUUUCGUACAAGAUACCAAGGGCAUUGGUCGUGAUUUGUUGCAGAAUACCUCUCUGUUGGACAUAAAGCAUGCAGAGAUAGUUUCUGUAUCUGGGACUGAUGUGUCGCUACCACCAAAUGCUUCGCAAUUAAUCAAUGACAAACGCUUUUUAUCCAGUCUCAAAGCAACAAACUACAACUCAGUAAAGGCGAUUCUUGAUUUAUUUAGUAAAUUGGAUAUGAAAGCCUUAUCAAACCAGCAAAUGAGUUUACUAGAUUCAGUUACAUUGUUUUGUCAGUCAAAUCUUAAUCCCGAUCUAGUGCCGUUUCUUCAACAAUUGUACGACAUUUACAAUAAAUACACUCAAGUUAAGAGGAUUCGCAAUGUUUCAAACCUAUUAUUCAAGUUAGGCAGUAAGACCAAUGAUGUUAAUCUAUUGGACUUGGCAGUCAGUUAUGAGUUCACUAUUUUGCAGCACCAGCCAUUUGAAAAACACUUUGAAAAUCUUGUGGGAAAACUCAAGAUGGUUAGUCAAUAUAGUCCAUGUAUGAUGAAAGUAUUGCUACAAGCGUGUGAAUUGUGCAGCAAACUUGCCAGUGGUGUCAGCUUAGUGGUGCGAAUGCUACUGAGUAAUAUACAACUUGUACAUUGUUUUAAUGAAGUGGACGAAGAGUUUCGCUUCAACUUGGUGAUAAAGUUAUUCAAGGAAAUAGGUAGCUGGAAAGCACAACGGACACUAAUCUGCAAUGCUAUUGUAAAGGGUUUAAACUUCAGUGACAGUCGAUUAAACCUGCAAGUGCAAUUGGCGUAUUACAAUGUAGGAGGAAUUGAGUAUAUAGACUUGAAGGAGCCAGAAGAUUGCAGUUUGCUUGAGUCUAUUGGUAUUGGCAUUACAAAAAUGGAUGUAAAAGGUUGGAGUGAGGAUGUGUUGUUUCUGACCUGUGACAGCCUCAAUCAAUGGGCUCAACACUCGCAACAAUUGGAUGAAUUUGAAAUAUCUAUAAUAAGGAGUGCAAUUUUAUUGCUUAGAUUCAAUGGUAUGGAUAGAGAGGUGAAGUCCAUUACUGAGACGUUGUUGAAACUUCCAUUAUUUAAUGAGCAAUUUAAAAUCUUUUUGCAUUUUCAAUUAUGCCAUGUGUCAGCCAAACUUUCCAAUCAUACAUCAUGGGGAGAUUCACUAGCUCUGCUUCAACAUUUGAUCAGUCAGACGCAGCAUCUUCGGUUUCAAGACGUGGUGAAUUACAAAAUCGAAAGUAUCAAGCAUUAUCUUGUCAAUAAUUUCAAAACAGCGCAAGACAAGUUCAAAAGUUUGAUCUCAGUACUCAAACUGAGACCCGAAUUUGACCUUUCACAGUCCAAAUCGUUUUCUAUUUGGGAUAAAUUGAAGAAUUUCCUCAUCUUGGCCAAAUCACAAUUUCUCACAGCACAAAUCAAUGCUAGUGAUGGUGUUGUUGUACAUUCUUGCAUCAGCAAGGCAAUCAAAAUACUUUAUUUGAUUUCAAAGAAAUGUCCCGAUUCGGAUAAGUCGUUGGCAAAUGAAAUCAUGUGGGAGACCAAUCACUUAUUACUUGAAGGGUAUAAUUUUGCCAUCGACUCGUUGAUUGAUUUAGGCUUGUCAAAGAAUAUACCCCUUUAUUUAAAGGAAUGGAAGAAAUUGAAUGAUCUGGUGGAGGCUCCUAUAGUAAAUCAAAUAAACAGGUACAAGAUUCAAAUUUUCGGACUGUUGCUGGAUCUGGAGAAUUUCAAAAAGGAUGCUGAAGAUAAGCGUCAAUUUGUCAAGGAUGACAUUACCGUAUGUUAUUUUAAGCUGGUUGUGGAUUCCUUGCAGGUGAGAGCUAAAGCUAAAGGACCACACCUUGAUAACCCAUCAUUGCAAGUGUAUCCAUUCCUUCAAUUUAUCACCCCGUCGCAUGAUUUUCAACAGAUUGAAACCUCCUUCACCCACUGCAUCAACCUGUUGAAUGAUUUCAAAACAUUUGGUUCAUUUCCUGAUUGUGUUCAAAUAUUCCCAUCGAUUACCGUUGGAGAGGUUGCCUUGAAACCAGAUGCAAUGCAAAUAUUUAUAGAAUUAGGUAAACUCAAGGAUUUACUAUUGCAAAAAGCACAGCGAUUGGAAUUCACCAUUUUCCAACAACGAAGGUUAUUUUAUUUGCUAUCGCAAUGUGUACAUUUAAUAUCAUCAAUUAGUGCCUAUCGAGGAAAAGAUUUGUUGAAUCAGUUGUAUUUUAUCCAAGAUUGGAUCAAGACUAAACCGUUUAUCGACAAUAAAUGGCUCUCAACCGUGGAUGAAAUUGAGCUCAUUCCCGAUUUGACAUUAUUGGAGUCUAAAUCAUCAUAUGCACAACAAUUGUCGCAAUUCAAGUCUGAUUUAGCGUUAUUGCCUUCCAACUGGAGUGUCAUCACCAUUGAUAUUUGUGACCUUACUGGAGACUUGUUGUUAUCGAAAUUGCGCUCUGAUGGGCGGCUCCCCACUUUCAUGCGUCUUUCAUUGACUAGAUUUAAGCAACGCGAAUCAAUCAAGACAUUGUCAUUUGAUGAAAUGAAGGUGGCAUUUAAACGCAUCUUUCAAGAGAAUCGCAAAUCAACCCUUUACUCCACUACUUCACUAGUGAAGACUAUACAGGAUCGGAAAAAGUGGUGGAAAACGCGAUUCACCUUGGAUUAUGAAUUACAGGAUCUUUUGCAACACAUUGAAAAGUUCUGGUUUGGUGGGUUCCAGGGCAUUUUUGAACCAGUUGGAUCUACAUUUGAGGAAUUUAAAUUGGACUUGAUAAAGAUUUUAAGAACUCAUGUAUCGGACAAGAUUGCUCGUGUUCUUGCUUUAAACGAUGUAAUUAUUGAAUGUUUUUAUGGGAUGCAGAGUUACGAUCGUGGCUGUGUUGAUGAUUUACUUGCAUUUUUGAUGGAAAUUUUGAGCUUUCACUUGGGUGUCGACACCAAUCGAGUCAAUUUUGAGAAAUUGCACACUUCAAUUGAAUACUUGCUCGACAAACGCAAGACUGAUGUAUCUGAACAUAUUGUUUUAAUCCCCAGUGCUCGUUGUUCUUUCUUUCCUUGGGAAUCGUUAAAAUUUUUGAGAAAUAAAUCAGUUAGUCGUAUGCCAAGUGUUUCCAUCCUCGUCAACGCAUUAAAAACACAAGCCCCAGUCGAUAAAGAUUGUGUGUUUUACUUGAUCAAUCCAGGUGGUGAUUUGAAAACCAGCCAACAAAGGUUUGAGCCGUUACUUGAACAAUGCAAAACAUGGAAAGGGGUAGCUGGUGUUAGACCAGAUGAAAAUAAGAUUGUUGACGAUAUACUUGAUGCUAAGUUGUUUGUUUACAUUGGACAUGGUGGAUGUGAUCAAUACAUCAAGCCCAAUACAUUGUUUCAUGCUACGAAGCAUUGUAAUCUACCACCUAGUUUAUUAAUCGGCUGUUCCUCAGGUGAGUUACACGAUCACGGAUGUUUUGAACCACUGGGUGGCAUUUUCAAUUGGGUAAAUUGUGGCUCGCCUCUCGUGCUUGCCAAUUUAUGGGAUGUUACUGAUAAGGAUAUAGAUGCAUUUACAAUAUCAAUGUUUAACAAAUGGGGGCUCACCAAUGACGGUGAAUUAAAAGUAAACAUUGCCGAAGCAGUCCGGUUUAGUCGAGAGGUGUGCAUUUUGAAAUAUUUAAAUGGUUCAGCUCCCGUGAUUUAUGGGUUACCUUUAAUGACGAGCUAG